UAAGACUAUAAUUGGAUUGUUUGUAACACAAAGGAUAAAUGCUUCAAGGGAUAGAUACCCCAUUUACCAAUGUGAUUAUUAUGCAUUGCAUUUCUGUAUCAAAGUAUCUUAUGUACGCAGAGAAGUUACAAAUUAAAACUGGAAAUGAAACCUCAUGAAAGUAUAAGAAUCAGAGGUCAUAUAAAACAAUCACAUAAAGGAAGAAGAGAAAGGAAUCAAAUGGCAACACAGUGUAAUUCCAUUAUACCACAAAGAUGAGGAAAACAAGGAAAGAAUUUAUACAACAACUAGGUAAUAAUUGAUAAUGUGACAGGAUCAAAACCUCUCAUAUUAACAUUGAACCUGAAUGGAUGAAAUGCUCCACUGAAAAGAGAGAUUGAUGGAAUGGAUUUUCAAAACCCAUCAACCACGUAUAUGCUGCUUACCAGAAAUGUGUCUUACAUGGUAAGACACAUUUAGACUCAAGUUGAAGGGGUAGAAAAAGAUAUUCUGUGCAAUGGAAACCAAAAUUGAGCAGGAGCAGCUAGACAUAUCUCACAUACAAUUAGCUUUAAAUCAAAAGCAGUAAAGAAAGACAAACAUGAUCAUUAUUUAAUGAUAAAGGGAUCAAUUCAACAAGAGGAUAUAACAAUCCUAAAUAUGCAUGCACUGAACACUGGGCCACCCAGAUUCAUUAAAUAUUACUAUAGUUAAAGAAAGAGAUAGAUAGCUGAACAGUAAUGGUAGGGAACAACACCACACUCAUACUAGACAGAAAUUGAUAAUCUGGUCCUAAAAUUUAUAUGGAAAUUCAAGGGACCCACAAUAGCCAAAACAGUCUUCUCCAAGAAUAACAAAGUUGGAGGACUUAACACAUCCUGAAUUCCAAACUUCUCACAAAUGACAGUAAUCAAGAUAAUGUGGUACAGACCUAUACACAAAUGGAAUAGAAUCGUGAACCCAGAAAUACACCUUCUCAUUUAAAGUCAAUUUGUUUUUUAUGAGGGUGUCAUAAAAAAGGUAAGUAAUGGUGUUUUAAAAUUGUGCUGGAACAAUUGGAUGUCCACGUCGGUCGUGGAGACCCUAACCCAGUGGCACUAGAGGAAUUAAAGACACACACACAGAAAUACAGAGUGCGGAGUGGGAAUCGGGGCUGACAGCCUUCAGAGCUGAAAGCCGCAAACAGAGUUUUACCCACAUAUUCAUUGACAGCAAGCCAGUGGUAAGCAUUGUUUCUAUAGAGUAUAGAUUAACUAAAAUGGGAAACAAAGGGAUGGGCUCUGGCUAGUUAUCUGCAGCAGGUAUAUGUCCUUAAGGCACAGAUCACUCAUGCUAUUGUUUGUGGUUCGGGAACCCCAGGUGGGCCAGGUGUUCCUUGCCCUCAUUCUGGUAAACCAACAACCUUCAGCGUGGGCAUCAUAGCUAUCACAAGCAUGUCACACUGCUGCAGAGAUUUUGUUUAUGGCCAGUUUUGGGGCCUGUUUAUGGCCAGAUUUGGGGGCCUGUUCCCAACCUGUCCCCCUUUUUUGUUUUUGCAAGACGAUAGAAGCAAAGGCGGCUUUAUCACGGUGAGCAGGAGUCGGGAUCCACAUCUGCAGACUAUACAAAGACAACACAGAUUAAUAGUGCAAUCAUCAUUGAAAUCACAGAGCCUCCAAGUGUUUUUAUCCAUUUUAAUGGGUUAAUAGCUGCUAAUCUGUCUGCAGCUCCUUCAAGCACUCCAGUUCCUGGCAUUAAGGUCAGGUGUGCCUGGGAUGCUUUAAAUAUUUGUUCUUUUAAUUUUGCAAUGUCCAACGACAAGUUUUGUAGAGUGUCCUUCUAGAUGCUUUUUUAUUCUGUCCCAAAUUUUGAUCUUAUUAAGAGCCAUUAAUAGUUUCCACAAAUCCUUAUGUUUAGCUCCUAGAGCAGGCCAUAUCAUUUGAGGUUGAGGUGCCACUAUACUGCCGUGUUUCCAGAUAAUAGGAACUCUUGCCAUACUUCUUACCAUUUCUACCAUCUGACCGUUUUGUUCAGACCAACUGAACAUAGUGUGGCCAUGGCACGCAGACUGAGAGGUACAACUCGUGCUAAACAUCCCCUUAGGGGACCAAUCAGUAAUGAUUCCAUGGGAAUCAUUGCGCAGCACCUCUGCCUGUUCUGCAGUGCAAUCUUCCCAAACAAGUACAUUCAUUUUUUCGGGCCAGGUCCAAUUCUGUUUACAAACAGGUUUUUGAUGGCGGUAUGCCUCAAUUAUAGGAGCAGAUUUAUUAUGGUAAAUAGUGAGACCAGAAAGCAUGUGUAACUGUGUCAUAGAAUGAUUACAUGCAGGCAUUAUUGCCAGCCAAGAUUGAUAGUGAGGGGGUAGGCAACUGGUGACCUUUCCCAAACAGAUAGGUGAAUGUUCAAAUCCUAGAGAAAUAUUCCUAACAGUUCCUUCCUCAUGUGGGUGAGACGGGCCUCUAUUAUCUGUAGGACCAAGCAUCCAAGAGCUAUCAUUAGUGUAUACCUCCACUGGGGGGUCCAGCCAAGUUACAGGCCAUAGAAGUGGUGGAAAAGGUAAAUAUACCCAAUAAGUAUAAUUGUUCUCUGUGUCAGCCCUUGCUAAAGGAAUACUCAUGGCAAUGGUGAUCACUGCUAUCAUAGCUAUCAUUAAAUUACUCAUUGUGAUUGGUUGUCCCGCUUUCCUCAGGUUUUCUUCCGCCAUCUGUGACAGCUUCUUGAUCUGUCCCCAGGAAUCCUGCUUUUUUUUUUCUUUGAGACACGGUCUCGCUCUGUCACCCUUGCUGGAGUGCAGUGGUGCGAUCACAGAUCACGGCAGUGUCUAGUUCCUGGGCUCAAGUGAACCUUUUGCAUCAGCCUCCUGAGUAGCUGAGACCACAGGAUAUGAAAGAUGGCAAGUCCAGAUAGAAGUAAACGGAAGAUAUUAAAAGCCAAAAAGACAAUGCCCCUAAGUUGCCGGAAGCAAGUAGAGAUGCUGAAUAAGUCAAGGAAUGUUGAAGCGCUGAAAACAGCAAUUGGGAGUAAUGUUCCAAGCGGUAAUCAGAGUUUCAGUCCUAGUGUCAUAACUAGGACUGAAAUAACCAAAUGUAGCCCUUCUGAAAAUGGUGCAUCCUCAUUGGACUCUAAUAAAAAUUCAAUAUCAGAGAAAAGUAAAGUAUUCUCUCAGAAUUGCAUAAAACCAGUAGAAGAAAUUGUUCAUUCAGAAACAAAAUUGGAACAAGUUGUUUGUUCGUACCAAAAGCCAAGUAGAACAACAGAAUCCCCCAGCAGAGUCUUCACAGAAGAGGCAAAAGAUUCACUGAACACUUCUGAAAACGAUUCUGAGUAUCAGACAAAUGUAACAAGAUCCCUUUUUGAGCAUGAAGGGGCUUGUAGUCUAAAGUCCAGUUGCUGUCCACCCAGUGUAUUGAGUGGUGGUGUUCAGAUGCCAGAGUCUACAGUAACCAGUACCGUGGGUGAUAAGAAAACUGACCAGAUGGUUUUCCAUUUAGAAACAAACUCCAAUUCAGAAUCACAUGAUAAAAGGCAAAGUGACAACAUUUUAUGUUCAGAAGACUCAGGUUUUGUGCCUGUUGAGAAAACACCUAAUUUGGUGAAUUCAGUCACUUCUAACAACUGUGCUGAUGACAUUUUGAAAACCGAUGAGUGUAGUAGAACCAGUAUUUCAAAUUGUGAAAGUGCAGACUCAACAUGGCAGUCAUCACUUGACACUAAUAACAACAGCCAUUAUCAAAAGAAGAGGAUGUUUUCAGAAAACGAGGAAAAUGUUAAACGCAUGAAAACUUCAGAGCAAAUUAAUGAAAAUAUUUGUGUAAGUUUGGAAAGGCAAACAGCAUUCCUGGAACAGGUCAGACAUUUGAUUCAACAGGAGAUCUAUAGCAUAAAUUAUGAACUAUUUGAUAAGAAACUGAAAGAAUUGAACCAACGCAUUGGGAAGACAGAGUGCGGAAAUAAGCAUGAAGGAAUAGCUGAUAAACUUUUGGCAAAAAUAGCAAAACUUCAAAGACGUAUUAAAACAGUAUUAUUAUUUCAAAGGAAUUGUUUGAAACCAAACAUGUUAUCCAGUAAUGGAGCCUCUAAGGUUGCAAAUUCAGAGGCUAUGAUUUUGGAUAAGAAUCUUGAGUCAGUUAAUAGUCCAAUUGAAAAGUCUUCUGUGAAUUAUGAGCCUUCUAACCCUUCAGAAAAAGGAAGUAAAAAAAUUAAUUUGUCAUCAGAUCAAAAUAAGUCUGUUUCUGAAAGUAACAAUGAUGAUGUUAUGUUGAUUUCUGUGGAAAGUCCUAAUUUGACAACUCCAAUUACAUCAAAUCCAACAGAUACCAGAAAAAUUACAUCAGGAAAUUCUAGCAGUUCUCCCAAUGCUGAAGUUAUGGCUGUACAGAAGAAACUUGAUUCUAUAAUUGAUUUGACAAAAGAAGGCCUAUCCAACUGCAAUACAGAAAGUCCAGUAUCCCCCCUGGAGUCACAUUCAAAAGCUGCUUCAAACUCAAAGGAAACAACCCCACUGGCACAAAAUGCAAUCCAGGUUCCUGAGUCCUUUGAGCACCUGCCACCUCUCCCAGAACCACCAGCACCACUACCUGAAUUAGUAGACAAAACCCGAGACACACUUCCUCCCCAGAAGCCUGAGCUCAAAGUGAAACGGGUUUUCAGACCCAAUGGCAUUGCCCUGACUUGGAAUAUAACCAAAAUCAAUCCCAAGUGCGCUCCUGUAGAAAGCUACCACCUCUUCCUGUGUCAUGAGACCUCUAAUAAUAAGUUGAUUUGGAAGAAGAUUGGAGAAAUUAAAGCUUUACCACUCCCCAUGGCCUGUACUUUAUCUCAGUUUUUAGCUUCCAACAGAUACUAUUUUACUGUCCAAUCAAAAGAUAUUUUUGGACGAUAUGGACCAUUCUGUGAUAUAAAAUCUAUCCCUGGGUUUUCUGAAAAUCUUACCUAAAAGGUGUUUAAUAAUGAUAUACUACUUUUUUUUCAUAUUUGUUUGUUUGCAAUGUUACUGUAAUACUAUUUGCCGUUGUAAAAGGCCAGCUCAGAUUGUGAGCCCUUUCUAUUGGGACAGUCCUCUUCUAUAUGUUGUAAGUGGCCAGUAAUUUAAUGAAUUUGUGGUUUGUAUUAAAUAUGUCCUUCCAAUGGAUAAGUUCUAAAACAUACGCUAUCAUUGGCCCAUGUUGCUGAGGUGCAUUGUGAACAAUACCUUUGGUGACUGUGGAACUGCUACUUCUAUCAGAAGACCUAGGAUACAAGCAGCCACUGUUUCCUCCAUUGACAAUCAGCUUUUAGUAACCUGCUGUGGUCAGCAUAGCUACAGGAAAAGUCAGCCCUUGACUGAGGGCCAGAUCAUCCCUGGAGUGCACCUCUGCUAAGAUUUUAUGAAAAGAUGACAUGUUGGGCUGCAUGAUAAAAGUUAAUUAUAAAAAUUAAAAGAUUUUUUUUUUUUUGAGAUGGAAUAUUGCUCUGUUGCCCAGGCUGGAGUACAGUGGUCACUGCAACCUCCAUCUCCCGGGUUCAAGCAAUUCUCCUGUGUCAGCCUCCCAAGUAGCUGGGACUAUAGUCACUUGCCACCAUGCCCUGCUAAUUUAUUUUUAGUAGAGAUGAGGUUUCACCUUGUUGGUCAGGCUGGUCUCAAACUCCUGACCUCAGGGGAUCCACCCGCCUCGGCCUCCCGAAGUGCUGGGAUUAUAGGCGUAAGCCACCAUGCCUGGCCAAAAAUUAAAAGAUUUUAUGAAAUGAAAUGGCUUCCCAUUCUAUUCAGCUUCUUAGUGGGCUAUUCAUUUGUGCUCUCCUCUUUUUUGUUUUGUUUUGCACUUUGUCAAUCAUUUGGGGAAAUAGCCUGGAGGUCUUUCCUGAAUCUGUUUGUAGACAUAAUAAAAUUUGUGUGCUGUGUACACAAAAACAUAAUAGUAUCUUAUGAAAGCAUUACCCAACCUGUUUGAGUUGAGAAUGGAUUUGUCCACCUUUGAUUUGAGGCUUUAGUUUGCUGAUUUCCUAAAUGCUACCCUUUGAUCAUUUCCUAGCCACCAUCACAAUACUAAGGGGCUCAGAUGUGUCUUGUGCCCACCUCUUCCUGAGCAGAGAUGGAAGUGGAGCUGUGACUAGUACAAGCAGCCCAAGAAACUCUGAACAGGGCCCAGUGGAGGCAAACUUGAGCAAAUAAUUGGGAUGAUAAGAAACAAAAAUAAUCCCAACUGUUUGAAAGUUCAAAAGAGGGGCAUUCUUUUCUGGUACAUGGCGAGAGUUCAGGCUCCAGAGACUCAAAACGGAAUGGUUUUCCUUGGCAUUUUGUAAAUGCUCUCACAUCUGCAGUAAUAAAGCUGUUAUUUUCUGCA